GCGCGCGGCCAUGGCGGUGCUGCUGGAGACCACGGUGGGAGACCUGGUCAUCGACCUGUACACGGAGGAGCGGCCCCGCGCUUGUCUGAAUUUCCUGAAGCUCUGCAAAGUCAAGUACUACAACUAUUGUCUUAUUUAUAAUGUACAGAGGGAUUUCAUUAUACAAACUGGAGAUCCCAUGGGAACUGGCCGUGGAGGGGAAUCCAUAUUUUGUCAACUGUACGGUGAUCAAGCCAGAUUUUUUGAGGCAGAAAAGGUGCCAAGGAUCAAGCACAAGAAGAAGGGAACUGUGUCAAUGGUGAACAAUGGCAGUGAUCAGCAUGGAUCACAGUUCCUCAUUACCACAGGGGAAAAUCUGGAUUACCUUGAUGGUGUACAUACAGUGUUUGGAGAAGUGACAGAAGGCAUGGAUGUAUUGAAAACAAUUAAUGAAACCUUUGUAGAUAAGGAUUUUAUCCCCUAUCAAGAUAUCAGGAUAAAUCAUACAGUAAUUUUAGAUGAUCCCUUUGAUGAUCCACCUGGCUUGUGUGUUCCUGAUCGUUCACCAGAACCUACAAAGGAACAGCUCGACAGUGGCAGAAUAGGAGCAGAUGAAGAAAUUGAUGACAUGAAAGGACGGUCUGCAGAUGAAAUAGAAGAAGUUCAGGCAGAAAAAGAAGCAAAAACUCGUGCCAUUCUUCUGGAAAUGGUGGGAGACUUACCAGAUGCAGACAUCAAGCCGCCAGAAAAUGUGCUGUUUGUUUGUAAACUGAAUCCUGUGACCACAGGUGAAGACCUGGAGAUAAUAUUUUCACGAUUUGGUCCCAUUAAAAGUUGUGAAGUGAUCCGAGACUGGAAGACUGGUGAAUCUCUUUGUUAUGCUUUCAUUGAAUUUGAAAAGGAGGAAGACUGUGAGAAAGCCUACUUUAAAAUGGACAACGUGCUGAUAGAUGACAGACGGAUACAUGUCGAUUUUAGCCAAUCUGUUGCAAAGAUUAAAUGGAAGGGUAAAGGUGGCCGGUAUACCAAGGAAGAUUUCAAGGACUAUGAGAAGGAACGUGACAAACCUUCGAAAUUUGCUCUGAAAGAAAAAGUAAAACCAAAGCAAGAUGCCAAGUAUGACCUUGUGCUGGAUGAGGAUGUAGAAGAGUAUCACACAAGUCAGUCACACUUGACUAAAAAACAGAAGAAGAAAAAGCACCACCAUUCUGAAGAUGAAGAUGAUGACAAGAGGACCAAAAAAUCUAAGGAUUCUGACCGAAAGCACGAAGAGCGCUGUAGGGAGAGGACCAAGAGUGAGAGGAAAGACAGGCAUCGGAGCCGCAGCCGUUCUCAGGAGAGAGAUUACACUUACAGCAGACAAAAAGACAAAUACAGAGAAGACAUCCGAGUAAAAGACUGGGAUAAAAAAGCAGACAGAAGCAGAAGUCCUAAGAAAUCAAAAGACAAAGAGAGGUCCAAGUACAGAUGAAGGACAAGGAAAAGACAGAGGGGAACUAAAAUAAUAAAUUUAACUUUUUUCUUUU